AUGUCUUUUAAUAAUUAUCAAUUUGGUAAAUUAAAUUCUAUUAUUAUUGAUAAUAAUAAUAGUUCUAUUAUAGAUAAUUUUAACAAUGAAAUUAUUAGUAAUUUUGAUUUUGAUAAUAAAACUAUUAGUAAUUUUGAUAAUAAAACUAUUAGUAAUUUUGAUACUAAUAUAAUUGGUAUUACCUUUUCUACUGAUACUACAACUUCAAGAAUUGAUAAUUGGGCUCAUAUUUAUGAUAUUUGUGACGUUGCUGAUGAAGUCAAAAUAACUGAAUAUCAAAAUGAAAUUUAUUAUGCUCAAACAUAUCAUAUAGAAAAAGAAGCAUUUUUAAGUUUAACUGCUACUCUUUUAACAAAAUUAACUGAAGAUGAUGCUAUAUGA